GCCUGGAAGCGUUUCCGGGGAGGCGGGAGACUCCGGCGGAAGCUGUCCCCGCGGUGGCGGUGGAGAAUAAGGCCUUCGUGCGGGCGACUAGGCGCUCCGGUAGGCUGGAGCUGCAAGCGCGGAGCCGUCGGCAGAUUGUUCUUUGAUGGCCAUGGCAUAAGGAACAUUAUCACCAGAAAUACAGCUUUGCACUGGCACUAAACAAGAUUGGUGAUGAAAUGGAGCCUGGAACAAACUCUUUUCGAGUAGAGUUUCCAGAUUUUUCCAGCACCAUUCUGCAGAAACUAAACCAGCAGCGCCAACAAGGACAGUUAUGUGAUGUCUCCAUUGUUGUCCAAGGCCACAUUUUCCGGGCACACAAAGCUGUUCUUGCUGCCAGUUCACCGUACUUUUGUGACCAAGUACUCCUGAAAAACAGUAGGAGAAUUGUUUUGCCUGAUGUGAUGAACCCAAGAGUAUUUGAGAACAUUCUCCUCUCUAGCUACACAGGACGCCUUGUGAUGCCUGCUCCAGAAAUUGUUAGUUACUUAACAGCAGCCAGCUUCCUCCAGAUGUGGCAUGUGGUGGACAAAUGCACUGAGGUUCUAGAGGGAAACCCCACAGUUCUAUGUCAGAAGCUAAACCAUGGCAGUGACCACCAGUCUCCCAGUAGCAGUAACUAUAAUGGCCUGGUAGAGAGCUUUGAGCUGGGUUCUGGGGCACAUACUGAUUUCCCCAAAACACAGGAACUGAGGGAUGGUGAGAAUGAAGAGGAGAGCACCAAAGAUGAGCUGUCAUCUCAGCUCACUGAGCACGAGUACUUGCCCAGUAACUCAUCCACAGAGCAUGACCGACUGAGCACCGAGAUGGCGAGCCAGGAUGGGGAGGAGGGGGCCAGCGACAGUGCUGAAUUCCACUACACCCGGCCUCUCUACAGCAAGCCCAGCAUAAUGGCUCACAAACGCUGGAUCCAUGUGAAGCCUGAGCGCCUGGAACAGACGUGUGAGGGCAUGGAUGUGCAUGCGGCCUACGAUGAGCACCAGGUCACUGAGUCCAUUAACACCAUGCAGACAGAGCACUUGGUCCAGCCUUCAGGGGUGGAGGAGGACUUCCAAAUUGUGGAGAAGAAAGUGGAAGCAGAGUUUGAUGAGCAAGCAGAGGAGAGCAACUAUGAUGAGCAGGUGGACUUCUAUGGCUCCUCCAUGGAAGAGUUUUCUGGAGAAAGGUUGGAUGGGAAUCUAAUUGGACACAGACAAGAGGCUGCCCUUGCAGCAGGCUACAGUGAGAAUAUUGAAAUGGUGACGGGGAUAAAAGAAGAGGCGUCCCACUUAGGAUUCUCAGCCACUGACAAGCUGUAUCCUUGUCAGUGUGGGAAAAGUUUCACACACAAGAGUCAGCGAGAUCGACACAUGAGCAUGCACCUCGGUCUUCGCCCUUAUGGCUGUGGUGUCUGUGGUAAGAAAUUCAAAAUGAAGCACCAUCUCGUGGGCCACAUGAAAAUUCAUACAGGCAUAAAGCCCUAUGAGUGUAAUAUCUGUGCAAAGAGAUUUAUGUGGAGGGACAGUUUCCACAGGCAUGUGACUUCUUGUACCAAGUCCUAUGAAGCUGCAAAGGCUGAGCAGAAUACAACUGAGGCUAACUAAAAAUAGGUUCUGGCCCUUGAGUGGCAUGCACAAAAAUAAACUAUGGUAAUUAAUGCAAAUCUGGGCACAGAUGAUGCGUGCCACUUGCUAUUAUGAGAGAAGCUUAAAAAGAAAAAAAGGAAGAUAUUUCUGAAAGACCAGCUCUAAGUAGGCCAAUUAAAAAAUUUAAUCCCUCAAAUUUGUAUGUUCUGGUCCUGGCCUAGAAUGGAUGGUAGGAAUAAGUUCACCCAGUGCCCAGCUGGCAAGAUAGCCCUUCCAGCCAGCAGUGACUGAGGCGUUGGACAUAGUGGCCGACUAACCCACCAGUUCACUCAGGUGGAAGCAGUUGUCUAUCACGCAGUGCCCUGAGAUGUGUUGCAUUUUAUUUUCCCCUGGUGGAUGCAGGGGUUCUGGGGCUUUGCUUUGGUAGCGCAUCACUGGAUGCUACUCUUCUCAAGGCUACACCAGCCUGACUCCUGGGCUGAGAUGUGAACAGAGCUCUUCCAUGUCUAGUUUCAUGCUUUCUAAGGUUCUAGCUGAAACUGUGGCAACGCUCAGUCGACCUGAGUCCAAAGCAGAUGACUUGGCUCCUGUUAGAGUGCUUCAGACUCUUGACAAAGCACGGUUUUGUGUUUAGUUUUAAUUGGGUUUGAACCAUUGUGUCUCCUUUUAAGUCUGUGGGUGCCAGAGGUAGGUGUUUCUAGUUAAUUUGUUACCCUACGCUUCCCUUAUUUAAUGGUAACAGCUGGACUAGACAUCCAACCUGCAGUGACUGAUCACAGUACUGGCAGUGUCUUGUGGCCCUACUGCCUUAGAUCAUGGUGCUUCCUAACAAGGGUCAGCCAGGGAUCACAGUUCAUGGGACCUAGCCAGAAUGCAUGGCUAAGACUUAUCUGUGAGUGGGACACUCCCAUACUCAGCAGAGACAGUAACUUAUAAAAACAGAAAGCUAUACUUGAGAAAGGUCUCAAAAAUACACUGGUGUGGGGAAUGCUGUUUUAGAGGGACACUGAGCGGUACUGUCAGCUCUGUAUGAGACCUGCAUUCAGAGUGUGAAGAGUCCUUCAUUAAGCAACAUCAUCUACAGAUUUCUGUUCCUCGGUCACAGAGAAAGCUGCACACAUUUAUAAGUCCCAGUAGUUUACACCCACUAAGGGAAGGAAGGCCACCCCGCCCUUCAAGGCCUCCUCUCCCUAGAGUGAAUAUUUUAGGUUGUAAAGAAGUCUUGCAUUCAGAGAGCCUUUUUAAGCACGUGACAGGCCUGAGGCUCUUCCUGGGGUGAGUGUCUGUCUGCUUUUCUUCCCUGGGAUAACAUUCUGACCAACAGUAGCUCAGGGGGUAGGGUUUAUUCGGCUUGGUUUACACUACCAUGUCACAGUCCAUUCUGGGGUAAAUCACAGCAGGAACUUGAAUAUUGACAGUCAAGACAAGACUAUCAGCCACAGACAUACCCACAGGCCAGUCUGAUUUGGGAGUCCUUCAACUUAGACUCCCUUCUCAGAUGACUCUAGGCUGUGUCAGAUUGUCAUCUCUAGCUAGACAGUAGGACAGGGUGUUGCUCCUGUGUCGCCUUUCCCUACACAGUCUUUUACUGCUAAGUAGAAACUUUUUUCCUUAAAAUAAAAAUUCUUUUUUCUUGGAUUUGGGGUGAAAUUUUGUUUUUAAAGUUUUUCUUUGAUAUUUCUGGCAAGGGCUUCUGAUCAUGAGGUUUCUGAUACCAAGAGUUCACCUGUGACCUUUGUUUGGGAAAUGGAAAGAAAAUAGGGACACGCAUUUAGCCAGUAAAUGCUUGUGAUCAAGAUUGUAAAACAGGGAUCUAUUUAUGAACACUGUAUCAAUCUUGGUAUAUAAAAGCACUUUGUAUUUAAAAUUUUAUUAUUAUAAGUAUGGAUGUAGGGUUUUUGUUAUGUUUUGUUUUUACCUAGAAACGAGAUAAUACCUCCUGGUGGUUUGGCACAUUCAGAUGAUCUCCCAGUGUGGAAGUCUGCAGCAGUCCUGUGUAUGCACAUGGAGGGGAUUGUACAGCCACACUCACAUGUGCCUCCUAGUCUUCUCAUGGGAGAGGCCAAUGGGUUUAGGGAUGACCCUAAGAUGUAUGAGGGUGAAGCUAGUAAUAUCCACCCUGAGGCAGUUGAACCAUCUAUAGUUAGAAGCUAUUCCUGCCCUGCCCACCUCCUAUUCACUGCCUGCCUUCUGCCUAUUGCCCAUUGAAGUCUCUAUUCAUAUGAGAACUAGGACCCUUGUGGAGAAGAAUCUGAGGGAAAAAGAAAACACCCUGGCAACAUCCGUGUGUUGAAUCAGUACCCUUGUCAUGCAUGAUGACAAAACUUUUGUUCAGCUGGAAUGUGGCAGACCCCAUGAAUAGGUGGGGUGUCCUAGGUCUUAGAGGCAGAGGAGUAACUGGAUUCUAGGCAUUGAAUCAAGGUUCCUGACCUACCUUUCCCAUUAGAGGGCCUUCCUGCCCCCCUGCUUUGCUAUAGUACUGGUUUCCUCACUGCCUUAGGAAGUCCCCGCCCUUCCGGACGAGCUUGAAUAGUAGGGACAGCACUGUCCAGUGUUCAGGGACUUCAUCAAUGGCCCACCAGCAAGGUGUUUGUUCUCUACUUUGAGCCUUGACUGGUUUUUCUUCAGUCCUUCUAGGAAAGGGCUUCCAGCCCCACUGGUUGCAGUUCACAAUCUGCAUGCACCACACCUUCAAUCUUGGAUGCACAAGUCAGUGAGCUGCAUGGUCCGGCUCCUUGUGCCGUUAUUCUGAGCUCCCCUUCUCUGGCCAGGUUCUUCAGAGCCUGCCCUAGAGGAUUCCCUCCAUUGCAGGGGGCCUUUACUGAACUACUCUGACCCUUUUAGCUGCUGGGAAUGCUGUGUGCCAGUGUGGAAGGGAAGGUGAGGAACAAAGGCUGUGGCUGCAUUCUGGAAACCAUGUGCUGCAGCUGGGUCCCCAAGGUUGCAGCGAAGCUUUGCCUGUCCCACACAUGAGGUAGUGCUUGCUAAACUCUUGAUAGUUUGGAGAUGCUGGGCAUCGGGGGCAGGGUUGCCCUUGGCCUCCUGUGAUUUAGGUUGCUUUGGUGACUAGUGAAUCCAGGUUUGCUUUGGGUUUAUUUUCUCUCUUUCUCUCUGAUAUUUUACAUAUUUAAAGGUACUAGUUUGUCAUUGCAGAUCUCUACUGAUAGUGCCCUGUGGGAACAUGCUGGAACACCUUUGCAAAUGUGAUUUUUUUUUUUUUUUCAAGUGUUGCUUGAAGCCUGUGUUAUGUCAGUGGCUGCUGCCUUCUUUCUUUUUAUGUGGUUCCCAAUGUUUCUUCCAGAAAAUGACUUUAUUUAUGCAAGUCAGGUGACUCUUAGGCCACAGAACCAUGGGAUGAUAAACAGAUUGUCAUUAGGUGCAUAUCAUGGAUACUUUGUGAACUGCCUAUGUUGCAGAAGUUAGUUUUUUCUAGAAUUGCUGUCUUUGGUGUACAGCGUGGUUUUAACUGAAUGUUACUGUUUAAUAUUUUCUUCUUAUAGAAGAGACCAUGCCCUUUUGUAUGACACGUUUUAAUAAAUGUUACCUGUCCAUUUUGUACAAA